AUGGAGCAAUACGAAGACGGUGAGGGAAGGAAAGUGCAAGAAGAGAAGAAGCAAUCAUGGCGCGAGAGCUAUUCAAAUUCACACGAAAGAAAUUCGCUCGAGGGCUCGUUCGAGGCGAUGAGUCGGUGGGAAUCUGCAGUAGCGCCGCCGCCGAUGCUUCUACAGCUUCGAAUGCCAGCACUAAUCAUGUGCCCGAAGCACGAGACAAAAACGGGUAUCCGGAGGCAAAAAAGCGUGGCGAUGAAGCUCUGGCAAAAGCUAGCAAACAUCGUGCCGAAGGCUUUACUAGUCCAUGUAGAGCAAUAUCUGCCCAAAUGCGGGAACGAGCCGUCCCGAAGCGCCACGCGUCUGCUCGGCGGCUCGUUAGCGGAAACGACUAGUGUUACUCAUGAUUUAUUCGCUUUCGGGUGGUUGUUUCCUCUUGAGCGGAUGUCCUUGCUGAGAUGUCGAUCCGGAAACACCGCAACGCCUGUCCCGGAAAAGCACUGUGGUGCAGUUCGAGAACUUUCUCCAUGCAUGCGUGAGCGCCACUCAAUGGGGGCUGAACUGGGGAUGAAAGGGCGAUGA